GAUCAUGUCACAAAGCGCGUCUCAGAUGACAACAGCAGUCCUGUCGCCUACUCUGACGAUGCUUCGUCUGUUCUACGCCAGGAUCACCUGUAGAAUUAUAUGUGACGGAGAUCCUACCUAAUCCCUUAAUUGGGCGGAGCCUGCGCAGACGACACAACCAGGACACGCUUUCACCAAAGUCUGCGUCCUAGUUUGAACCUCUUAGUCGGCGCUUGCUGAACAUCCCCAUUAAAAUCAUAAUUUUUCAGCUCGGAAGAAAAUGGCCAAGAAGACUAAACACCGCAAACCAAAGCACAUGCUGUGGCCAAACUGGGACAGGAAGCGAUAUAUAAAAUUCAGGAAUGACAAAUUUCCCGGAAAGGUUACAAAUAUAUCUGUUGCUGAAUUAAUUGAGCAAGCAAAGGAUUCCAUUCUGAAAGAAGUGCGAAUUGGUGUGCGUUUUCCUCGAAAACGCAUCACUGAAAGAAUGAAGAAAAAAUAUCCAUUCAGGAAGUACAUCAGGAAGGAAGCAGCAAAACAAUCCCAGGGCAAGAAACUUCCUAACCAAGAAUUCGAGAUGAUCCCUAAUGAAGAAAAAGACGUAAACACUGAAACACUGGUGAAUGAGCUCAAGUGGACCCCACUAGACGCGGUCAUGCCAGUCACCUUGUCAGAUAACUAUGGCGAUCACUUUAUUGGGGUGCGUAUAUCAUCCAUGAUCCGGGCCAAUGAAGCCAUCACUCGUGUACUAGGUGUUCUCAGAUCUCCGGAACAGCUUCUUCCUAACACAUAUUACCAUUUAUACCAAGUCUUCAGCCCAACUUGUAUGCGCAAGAUGCCACCGAAUGAGAAGAUUACGAAGUCACAGGUGAUGGGUGUGCAGAAUUACACUUACCUUGUGAGAAGAGACACAACACACUACAAGGUGGAGGAAGACUUGACUUUGAGCUACUGUCGUGAACUGCUGGGGAAAAAUAGGAGUCUGCAAGUGUGGCGUUUUCAGGAGAUUAAGGAAGGCCGUCUAAGGGUGCUCAGAGCCAAGAUCACAACCACUAAUCAGAUGUUGUGGCUGCUGAAGAUGCUGAAGAACAGAGCAUUUAGGUCUAGUAUAAAUAACAUGACCCAGGAAGAGGUCACACAGCUUCUUAUGGCAAUUGGCUGUCCGAGCGAUCCAAUGGCCAAUCUUUACAAGAAGGAAAAGCUACAAGAGCCACAGAUGGAUCAAGAUGGUAGCAAGAAAUAUUACAUCAAAUUGCCCAGAUGGCACUGGGGAUGCAACAAGACCAAGCUAAGACCUCAUUCUGUAAUACGCUAUCAGAAUAUUACACACAGUGCAAAUGAUCUUGAGGAUAGACAGAAACAUGGGAACCCUGACUAUGGGUAUCUGCAACGGUUUUGGCACUACUGUUCCAACAAAAAUCUUUCAAAGGUUAUGGAAAUGUUGAAGACAGAGCUGCUAGACAUGAAUGAACAGUACACAACCUUGCUUUCCACUCCUCCUGAGACACUCUAUGCUGAGGAAGAAAGUACACUGCUGGAUUGCCUGUAUGAGAAUGAACUGAAGGCAGAAGAAUCCCAUAAAAAACAUGAACAAUUCUUGAAAACUCUUGAACGACAGCAUAAGUCUACAAGCCGAGAGUACUUUUGCACUGUACAGAAAAUGAGGACAGCGUGGGACCAGUACCAAAGGAUAAUGCUCAAUUUUGAGAAGGAUUUAUUUAUAGUAGGUUCUUAUGUAACAUCACUUACUGAAUACAUAGCAAGGGUGAUUUGGCAUAAUAUGAAUGGGCGCUUAACUUUGGUUACUCCAACAAUAAAUAAAAUUAUGAUACUCAUUAAAAGGCUGAAGAGAGCAUUACAUCGUGCUUAUCAACAUAUGAAAAAGGGCGAAGCUUUAAAGAUGCAAGCUCAGGGUCCAAAAAAGAAAAAAAUUAAAGGAUUGAUUAGAAAGAGCAGCGAGCCUUCUCAGAAGGUUCAAGUCAAUCAUUUUACCACUAUCGCAUCACAAAAAGAUUUGGCGUUUACUCAGGUCAGACCCAUUAUGCUUCGAGACAAUGCUAAUGCGGUGAAAAGAAAUAAAGAGGAAAAAUUUGAUCAGACUAAUUACAUUACAAAGAAUGAUGGAGCAGAAGCGACAAAAUGUAAUCAAGCAAAUAAUGGCAUCUGUGAACUGAACAAUGAUGAAGUAGUGACAGGUAAUAAACUUAAAAUGAAAAAGGCUAUUAUUGAUUACAUACUGAGUGAUGUGAGAAAAGACAUCAUUGUUAGACCUAAGGUUGCAGGCAGUGUACCACCACAAAAGAAAAUUGCUAGACCUAGUGCUACAGGCACUGUAUCACCACGUAAGAAAAUUAUACCAAAGAAUAAGCAGAAUGAACUAAAAGGUGAAGAAAGUACUACAGUGCCAGUGAAUGAUGAGGCUGAAGUGACAGCUGAAGGUGUCAAUAAAUGUACAAGUACUGUAGUUCCUGGAAAAUCUUCAUUUUAUGUAAUGCUUGAAAAGUUACUAGAAAGACAAAGAAAACAUUUUAGAUGCUGUAUUAAAGGUCUAUAUUAUCAGGAACUUGAAAAGUGGCAUAAAAUUUUGAAGAAAGCUGUUGUAAUGAGAAGGGAAAAAGACCUUUCAGAUGGUGAAAAGGAAGGAUUGAAAAUACGAAGAAGAAUGCAAAAAGUGGAUAUAAAUAAACCUUCAUUUAAAAGAAUGGGUAAAAAGAAUCUGCAGCAAAGGACACAUGCAGUCCAGUGUGAAAUUAAAAGGAAAAUAGAAGAUCUUGUUCUGGGAUAUCAGGUUUGGGAAUUAUUAGAUAAGGAAAAUAAAUUUAAAGUAGCCCAGAGAUACAAUGCUAAAAAAGUUUUUGACAAAUUUAAGGAACUGAUUUUAAGAUUUGUGGGGACAAGAACAAAAUCUAUUAAGAGAAAGAGAGCUGGUACUGUGGCAGAGAAUAAGAGAGCUGGUACUGUGGCAGAGACUAAGAGAGCUGGUACUGUGGCAGAGUGUACAAGAGCUGGUACUGUGGCAGAGACUAAGAGAGCUGGUACUGUGGCAGAGAGUAAGAGAGCUGGUACUGUGGCAGAGACUAAGAGAGCUGGUACUGUGGCAGAGACUAAGAGAGCUGGUACUGUGGCAGAGAGUAAGAGAGCUGGUACUGUGGCAGAGACUAAGAGAGCUGGUACUGUGGCAGAGACUAAGAGAGCUGGUACUGUGGCAGAGACUAAGAGAGCUGGUACUGUGGCAGAGACUAAGAGAGCUGGUACUGUGGCAGAGACUAAGAGAGCUGGUACUGUGGCAGAGACUAAGAGAGCUGGUACUGUGGCAGAGACUAAGAGAGCUGGUACUGUGGCAGAGACUAAGAGAGCUGGUACUGUGGCAGAGACUAAGAGAGCUGGUACUGUGGCAGAGACUAAGAGAGCUGGUACUGUGGCAGAGACUAAGAGAGCUGGUACUGUGGCAGAGACUAAGAGAGCUGGUAAGUAAAUUGUGAGAUAAUUAAGGAAAACACAAAAUUGUCUACUUGAAGAUUUUAUUUAAUCUAUGCCACGUAAUAUGCCCAGCUGUUAUACAGUGCUUCCUGUUACUAAAAACAAUUUGUUUUAUUUUGAAAACUGGGUUUAAUGUAUAUGGUUACCAUUAAUAUAAUUUUUAUUCAACAGUUUAUCAGGAAAAUAUAAAUGUGCUGAUUUUCAAUAUGUAUAUAUAUUGUGCAUGUGUAUAUAUAUAUGGCGGUACAGUAUUUACAUCUCUCUUCCUCAACUGUAACAAGGAUAACAUUAUUUUGCUUAUGAAGUUGGUUUAAAAAAAAAAAAAAGGCUCUGCAAUAAUUUUGGCCAUACAUGUGGAUUUGUUUAUAUUGGAUUUGGUUGAAAAAUAGUAAAUCUAAGAAAAUGAGAUCUUAACCAAAAUUAUAUAUUAUUGUCUUUAUUAACUAAAACAAUCAGGAUUA